GCUCAGGGAGCGAUCAGCACGGCGAUCGGUGGUGCCCAGUGUCCCUCGGACACAGUGGAUCACCGAUCCACAGAAAGAGCUGAAGAUGUAGGCUCAGUCAUGUGAUCAGCUGUGUCCAAUCACAGCUGAUCACUGAUCAUCAGAGCACUGAUGAUCAGUGUGCCCUGAUGAUCUGUGUAGCCCCAGCAGUGCCACCUGUCAGUGUCCAUCAGUGCCCAUCAGUGCCACAUGCCAGUGCCCAUCAGUGCCACAUCAAGUGCCACAUCAUCACAUCAAUGCCUAUCAGUGCACAUCAAUGCCACAUAUCAGUGCCCAUCUGAGCAGCCUUUCAGUGUCACCCAUCAGUG